AAGUCUCUUAAAACUGAUAACGUUAUGGCUCAGCUUGUACUGCAGGCGCUCGCGCUUGGAUGUCAGUGAAAGUCCAGCUUCGUCUGGGAAUCCAACACAAUUGUAACCAAUUAAUUCCACGAUAAUUUUUUUGUUGUUAUUUUUCUUUUUCUACUUUGAAACAAUGUUGUCUCACCCGUUGCUUGUUCGCGCCGUGGUGUUAUUCGCCUGUAUCGGUGGAGCGCCUUGUACACAGCCGGGUAUAGAGGAUGCUUACGCAGACGUGGUCGGUGAGGUGUCGCCGGGAGGAGAGCAUCUGACGGAGGAGUCCGUCCGCUCGCUUUUUAAUACCCUGGAGAAACGUGUGCAGUGCGGUGGAGUGUCGUGUGAAAAGUGCGACCUACCGGGCGGCGUCUACCAGCUCAUCGGCAACGCCUCCGCCCCCGGAGCGGGCGCCGGGGCAGCCGUCGCCGUCAACGUGUCCCAGUUCCCGCACUUUGCGUCCGGGUGCGUCUUCUACCUUAGCGCCCCUGCUGCGGCCUGCGCCGCGGUCAGGGCUGGGAGGUGGGCGGAGGAGACAGAGCUCUUCCUGGACCGAGUGACCCAGCACGUCCACCCCCACGACGAGGAGCCCCACGCACACCAGGAUGAGUCCCACAGCCAUGAGGGAGGCGAAGAAGAAGGCCACCAUUCGGAGGAGGAGGAGGAGGAGGGCCGCCAUCUUGCGGAAGAGGGGGCCGCUGGGCACCAGGAGGAGCAUGUGGACGUGCACGGAUUGGAGGCCCUGAUAGAGGAGAUGGAGAAGCACUAUGUGCCGCUAGCGCUCGCCAACGAGGAAUGUCUGACGGCCGACGACAUCAUGGCAGAGAUUAACCCUCUCUCAGCAGGCCCUGAACAGGAAGUAGAGCGCGGUGCCGUGUUUGGUCGUGUUCUGUACCAUGCCCUGAUUGGUCACUGCUUCACCAGACAUCCCCUGCCUGAAGAGGGCUACUUCCUGGAAUACAUGAUGGAGUGGAUGGGCUCGGAUAACUUCACUGUCAGAGGGUUGGAGACUUUGAUGAGAACCCUGCAGAUCGGACCCAGCGAUGACCACCAUCACGACCACGGCGAGGGGGGUCACCAUGACGACCACGCCGUAGACGACCACGCCGGGCAUGACCACGAACCCGGCCGCCGCAGGAAGAGGAGUAGCCACGGAGCCAGAGAAGGACAGGAAAUGAAGUUGCCUGGGGCAACGCCCCGGUGUUUCUCAGCCCAGGAGCUGCUGCUGAUCCAUGGCCUGAUGGACAACAGCUCAGACCCGGCCGGUAUGAACCGGUCCGAUAUGGCGCGGCUCAGCCCGGCGCUGGUCCAGCAGAUCCUCAGCCGGGCCUGCAGCUCCGGCGCCGUCUCCCCCCCGAGGCACGACGGACUCACCCAGGCAGAACGUUACAUCUACGCCACCCUGGCCAACGUGGUGAUCACCCUGACCUCCAUGUUCGGCAUCGUGGUGCUGCUGUGCACCUCGUGCUCCAGCGUCUUCCAGCUCAUCAUCCAGCUGUGCAUCAGCCUGGCCGUGGGCUCGCUCACCGGCGACGCCCUGCUGCAUCUGUUGCCAAUGUUCCUGGGAUUGCACAGCCAUGAGGGUGGAAGCCACGCGGACCACGAAGGGGAGAGCAUGGACUACGUCUACAAGAUCCUGGUGGUGCUCGGGGGGAUCUACUACUUCUACCUGAUGGAGACCAUCUUCUCUCUGGUCACCCGGAAGAACGAGGACCACCACCACCACCCGCACCAUCACGGGGAGGAGGCGGAGCCUCAUCACUGUGACCAUGGGAAGGUUCUGGAGAUGUAUCAGCAGGACAAGAUACAACAACAACAGGACCAGUCCAUAUCCCAGGCUGACCUGGUUCCAAGUGAGACCAAUGAGAAGACUUUCCCUCCACCCCUGCAACGCAGCAGAGAGAAGCGUCUGCUGCCCUACAUGAUCACGAUCGGCGAUGGGAUCCAUAACUUUGCCGACGGCCUGGCCAUGGGCGCUGCCUUCUCCCUGUCCUGGAGGUCGGGGUUAGCCACCUCCCUGGCCGUGCUCUGCCACGAGCUGCCCCACGAGCUGGGCGACUUUGCGAUACUGCUCCACUGUGGCGUGUCGGUGCGUAACGCCCUGCUCCUGAACAUCGGCAGUGCCAUGACCUCCUUCGUGGGCCUGUACAUCGGCCUUUCGGUGGCCACAGACCUGGCCACCAAGCAGUGGAUCGCCGCCCUCACUGCCGGCCUCUUCCUCUACGUGGGCCUGGCUGACAUGCUGCCCACCAUGAUCCACAACAACAGUAAGAGGCCGUGGCUGAUGUUCCUGCUGCAGAACGUCGGCCUGCUGUCGGGCUGGGCCAUUCUGCUAGUGCUGACCCUCUAUGAGGACCAGAUAGGAGUCUAACUCUAACGCCAACACACACACACCACCCCUUUUAUUUAGGGACGGGGCUAUGUUGCUGUCAAGCUUUCGCCAUCUUAUGCACAAAGCAGUCUCAAUCCCAGUCCCACGUUUUUUAAACUGUGAAGUUCGAGAUUUACACAGUGCCACCUUUGAUUAUCGUAUAUCCCCCAGAAUCACGCGCACGGAAAUGACGAGGACGGGCAUGAAGAAAGAUAGACAGUUCUCACACAGUGGAUAUGUUUACCCCAACCUACGCACACAGCCUCUGGACAGAGGACUGGCAUGGCAUACACUGACAUGGUAUGGGUGAUUUUGGGUGAUGUUUGGGUUAGCGUAUUUUUCCAAUUUUCUAUGAAAACUCAGGGGUCAAUCUAUAGUUGAACUGUCAUUUUCUGUUGAUCAAAUGUUACAGGAAAAUAGGGUUCUUUGGGUUUGGGCACUUUGUCAAAGAAUGAAGACUCAAAUACUUUGACGAUUACUUGCAUAUUAGUGAUGUAUAAUUCAAUCCCAGGGCUUGUUUUCACUGGUUUGUGUGGUAUUGUAUUAAAGCAUUAGAGUGUGUCCUUCACAACUUGACAUUUUAGCCCUGUUCCUUCUGAGAUCAAUCAAUAAUUUAGCAUGAUGAGAUACCAAAUACAUCUAUUUGCCUCAUGCAUCCAGAAUGCAAAACCUUGGCAUUGCACCAAAUGACAGAUAGUUGGAAAACAAUAUAUCAUAUCAGAGAGUAGCCUGACCAUGAUAGGGCCUGUGUCAACAUAUGUCCUUUUUAGAUUUUUUACAUUUUCGAAGCUAUCAUGACAGACAUUCAUGAAAAAAUAUGAAAAAUAAAAGUGAAGUGGAGACGCUAGCCUAUCAUGCUACAGCAUGAUAGGCUUAGAUUUUUUAGAUUUUUUACAUUUUCGAAGCUAUCAUGACAGACAUUCAUGAAAAAAUAUGAAAAAUAAAAGUGAAGUGGAGACGCUAGCCUAUCAUGCUACAGCAUUUAGCGUGGUGGUAUGUGCACAUAGAAACAGCUGAGACAGAUUGCUACAGCACCCCUUUCAUGCACAAUAAUUUCUGCUAGAAGGCCCUGGCCAGUGGGAAACAGUGUAAAGAUGCUCAUCAUAUAACAUCAAGGGAAAACAUUACAUAUGAUGGACUGCACUAAGCAACACUACUUUUGAAAUGCUGACAAGCCACAAUACUAUAUUUCAUGAACAAGUUAUAAUCUAUUUUCAAUUAUCAAUGAUCUAGGUAUGCAAUCACCGUUCAAUGUUAUAGUUAUAUUUAACUUUAAACUCAGAAGUCCAGAGGUCCCCCCCCUACGUCAACGACUGGGCCCCUGAGUGGUGGCCAUUUUUAAACCAAUGCUGGGUAAAUUAAGAGUUUGGCCUUGUUUUUAAGAACUGAGCUCACGCUUCUAUAUUUAUUGCACUCAAAUGUUUACAAAAAUAAACUGAUCUGAUUUGAUUGGAUGAGAUAAAAACCUAAUAAAUCUUCA